UAUUUAUGCUAAAAUAAAAAUGAAUAAGUUAAGUGCAUUAAUAUCGCGUAAAGAACAGUUACUAAAACAGCGUGAAGCCUUGCAAAGGAGACAACAGAUAGAUUUCAAAGAUGGCAGUAAUAGUGAUAUUGUCGAGGAGAGCGACACUGAGAUGUUCCCAAAAAUUUCCACAAGCAACGAUUCAAUAAAUACGUCGACUAUUUGCUUGCCUUUAGACCAUUCAUUUUUUCGGCCAUAUAGUGGUGAUGAGCUCAAUCAUGCUUCUACUAACAACAUUAACCCCAACGCUUCACCAACAACUCCUUUGCAAGAAGAUAAGGAAAAUAGCAUCUCGGAAUUUUUUCAAGGCAGUGAUAGUUCCACUAAAAAUAUGGACCUAACAUCUAAACAAUCAUUUGUUGAGGCCGAUGCUGAAAACAGUUUGGACAUUUUCCAGAAUUUGUCUUCAGAAUAUCAUGAUAGUAACAUGAAUGAGAUUAACAAUCACAAGAUUACAAAUGAUUUGAUUACUAACUUGCCCAAUAAUCAUCAGUUACAACUUCCUAUUAUUCAUGAAGAGUCUGCCAAAAAUCACACUAAUGAUCCGACUUCUUGCACGAUAAAUAAUGUAAAAUUUUACACAGAAAACACUACACAGGGCCCAAAAAAGAACAAAAUAAAUAUCAUCUCUGAUGUAGUUAUAAAAGCUGGGGGUAUUUGAAUCCGGAUUUAUAAAUGGUUUAGAAAACCAACAUGACAACGAAGACCAUGAAAUACCUUGCCCUACUAAUGAGCUACACACUAACUAUGGUAAGACCUAUGUGUAAAUUAUUAAACAUUUAUAAAUUUUUAUACGCAUUAAUGAACGAUAUUUUAUACAGCAAUGCUUUUAUUAUUUUCCAGAUUCAGGGCCAUGCAGUUCUAAGCAGGGUAGUGUUAACAGUUUAUUCAAUGAUAAGAAAAGAGAUAGUUCUACAUCUCAGGUUAUAACUGGACGAAAAAGGCGUAAUGCGACACAAUUCGAAAAAGCGUAUUUUGAUUUUAAAUUAGAAGAAGAUUUGGGGGAUUUCUCCUCUGGCAGCUCAGACUUUU